ACCUGUCCUGGAUAAAGGAUGCCUAACUGUGGAGAAGAUUCUAGCUAACUUUGGCUCUCCUAUUUGAAGGCUACCAGCCCUGUGAACUCUUGCACUACAUUGGUGCUUCUGUUCAGAGCUCUUUGGGUCUUGCCAUUUGAAUACACCUUUUGACUUUUUAACCAAGCACCUUGACUUGGUAUAUUUAUUUGGCAGAGAGAAGCCCAUUGUGCGGUCCAAAGAAGAGGAAGUUUACAAUGGGGAAGAAAAAGCCUGACGUCUACUCUGUAGAGAUCAAUGGAACAAAGGACUUGGAAAAAGUGGACAAAGGUGAAGAAAACUACAAAGAUUUGAAAGGGAACAAGAAGAAAAAGAAAGCCGAAGACCUCAAGAAAGAGCUGGACUUGGAUGAUCACAAACUCAGCAUUCAAGAACUAGAAGAAAAAUAUGGCACAAGCACCACUAAAGGUCUGUCAAGUGCAAGAGCUGCAGAGAUCCUGGCCCGAGAUGGUCCCAACGCACUAACGCCUCCCAAAUCUACUCCUGAAAUCAUCAAGUUUCUCAAGCAGAUGAUAGGAGGGUUUUCCAUCCUCUUGUGGAUUGGAGCUUUCCUCUGCUGGAUUGCCUUUGGAAUUCAGUAUUAUCAGAAAGUUACUGGGGCAUUUGACAAUCUCUACCUGGGUGUGGUCCUUGCACUGGUUGUAAUCCUCACUGGGAUGUUUGCUUAUUAUCAAGAAGCUAAAAGCACCAACAUAAUGGCCAGCUUCGGUAAAAUGAUCCCACAGCGAGCCCUUGUCCUCAGAGAUGCAGAGAAAAAAGACAUUUCAGCAGAAGAACUAGUGGUAGGCGACAUUGUUGAAAUCAAAGGUGGAGACAGGAUACCAGCUGACAUCCGGAUAAUUGCCAGCCAGGGUUGUAAGGUGGACAAUUCUUCUCUCACUGGAGAGUCAGAACCACAAUCCCGCUCCUGUGAAUUCUCUCAUGAAAACCCACUGGAGACAAAAAACAUUGCUUUCUACUCCACAACAUGCUUGGAAGGAACUGCUACUGGCAUGGUAAUCAGCGUGGGUGACAACACCAUAAUUGGACGGAUCGCUUCACUGGCUUCUGGUGUUGGGAAUGAGAAGACGCCAAUUGCUCUUGAGAUAGAGCACUUUGUCCACAUAGUGGCUGGAGUAGCUAUUUCCAUAGGGGUGCUUUUCUUCAUCAUUGCUGUCGCCAUGCAUUACCAUGUCCUGCAUUCCAUCAUCUUCCUCAUUGGCAUUAUUGUGGCCAAUGUGCCUGAGGGGCUGCUAGCCACAGUUACAGUAAGUUUGUCUUUGACUGCAAAGCGAAUGGCCAAGAAGAAUUGUCUGGUAAAGAACCUGGAAGCUGUGGAAACGCUGGGGUCUACCUCCAUCAUCUGCUCUGACAAGACAGGGACCCUUACGCAGAACAGGAUGACAGUAGCCCAUCUUUGGUUUGACAAUGAGAUCUACUCAGCUGAUACCAGUGAAGAUCAAACAACCCAGACAUUUGACCAAACAUCUAACACAUGGACGGCACUGUCAAAGAUUGUAGCCCUUUGUAAUCGGGCAGAAUUCAGACCAGGACAAGAAAACGAACCCAUUAUGAAGAGAAUUGUGGUGGGAGAUGCCUCAGAAACAGCUCUGCUGAAGUUCUCUGAAGUUGCUUUGGGUGAUGUAAUGGAAAUCCGGAAAAGAAACAGGAAAAUGGCUGAGAUUCCUUUUAACUCCACUAACAAGUUCCAGCUUUCAAUCCAUGAGACUGAUGACCCCAAUGAUAAACGCUUCCUGCUGGUGAUGAAAGGGGCCCCUGAAAGGAUUCUGGAGAAGUGCAGCACCAUGAUGAUCAAUGGAAAAGAGGAGCCACUGGAUGAGGAGAAAGCAGAGGCUUUCCAAACAGCGUACAUGGCACUGGGAGGCAUGGGAGAGAGAGUACUUGGCUUCUGUCACUUGUACCUGCCAGAGGAAGAAUUUCCAGUCACCUAUCCCUUUGACACUGACUCAAUGAAUUUUCCUACUUCUAAUCUUUGCUUUGUCGGCCUCUUGUCAAUGAUUGAUCCCCCUCGAUCUACUGUGCCAGACGCUGUCAUCAAAUGUCGGAGUGCUGGGAUCAAGGUGAUCAUGGUCACUGGUGAUCAUCCAAUCACAGCCAAAGCCAUUGCCAAAAGUGUAGGCAUCAUUUCGGCCACCAGUGAGACGGUGGAAGACAUUGCCAAGCGCCUCAACCUUCCUGUUGAGCAGGUGAACAAACGAGAUGCCAGAGCUGCUGUAGUUAAUGGAAUGGAGCUGAAGGAUAUGACUUCAGAGCAGCUGGAUGAUAUCCUGCUCAACCAUUCAGAAAUAGUGUUUGCCCGCACGUCACCCCAGCAAAAACUGAUCAUAGUGGAAGGCUGCCAAAGACAGGAAGCAGUAGUUGCCGUGACUGGAGAUGGUGUCAAUGAUUCCCCAGCUCUGAAGAAAGCGGACAUAGGAAUUGCCAUGGGCAUUGCUGGCUCUGACGCAGCUAAAAAUGCAGCUGAUAUGGUCUUGCUAGACGACAAUUUUGCUUCUAUUGUUACUGGAGUGGAGGAAGGUCGCUUGAUCUUUGACAAUCUGAAGAAAACCAUUGCCUACACCUUGACCAAAAACAUUGCUGAACUCUGUCCUUUCCUGAUUUACAUCAUUGCCAGCAUCCCACUGCCCAUUGGCACCAUCACCAUCCUUUUCAUUGACCUUGGCACAGACAUUAUCCCAUCUGUCGCACUGGCCUAUGAAAAAGCAGAAAGUGAUAUCAUGAAAAGGAAGCCACGACACAAGAAAAGAGACCGGCUGGUCAACGAGGAGCUUGCAGUAUACUCCUACUUGCAGAUUGGUAUUCUGCAGACCAUUGGGGCCUUUCUGACCUACUUCACAAUUUAUGCUGAGCAGGGCUGGCUACCUUACUCUCUGCUCCACAUUCGAGUUCCCUGGGAAAAUAUGGCUGAUAAUGAUUUAGAAGACAGUUAUGGACAAGAAUGGACAUUUGAGCAACGGCUAAUGAUGCAGUAUCAUGGCUACACGGCCUUUUUUGUCAGCAUCACCAUUCAGCAAGUGGCAGACCUGAUCAUCAGGAAGACAAGGCGGAAUUCCAUCUUCCGACAAGGGCUUUUCAGAAACAAAGUGAUCUGGUUGGGCAUAUUCUCCCAGAUAGGAAUUGCUUUAACUCUCUGUUAUGGCUUUGGAAGUGUUCAUGCCUUGAACUUCACACCUCUCCGGUUUCAGUAUUGGUUUGUUUCUAUGCCUUAUGCCAUCUUGAUAUGGGUCUACGAUGAAAUCCGCAAGUUGUUAAUCAGGCGGUAUCCUGGAAGCUGGUGGGAUCAGAAUAUGUAUUAUUGAGAGUGCCUCAGUCACUCUUCAUUUCUCCAUGCUGGAGAGUGUGACAUGGUUGUCUCUUCUGGCGGCUGCUGCUUGAAGGUUCUGCUUGUGCAAUAUCCACUGAGGGCAAGGAAUCUCAUCAGUAUGGAGGAGGACUAAAAGAUGCAAGGCAGAUCUAAACUGUACUGUAAGAGCUUAGCCUUGGAUUACCAACUUGAAUGCUGUCUAUUUUUAUAAUGCCUAAUCCCUUAUUAUGUAAAGUGUACAAAAGUGCGAAAGAAAGGAAAUCCUCUUGUAUAUAGAAUUAAAGAAACCACACGUUUGUUGCAGUAGUAACGGAAAGCACUGACUUGCACUAGGUUUCUUCAAAGUUGUAUUUUUGUUCAGCAUUAUUACAAUGGUGUCUACAGCAAUGCAAA